CCAAUCCAACUUCAUUACGCAUCAUGAUUUCUCGGCAUGCUCCAUUUAGGAUGUAUAAUUGAAUCAAACUUUAUUCAUUCUUUUUCAACAAAAAGUUGUGAUCUGUUAAGCAGUUGCACAAGCACUAUUCUUGUUUCGUAAACGAUAGUCGUCGAGACAACGGUCUUCUAUCGCUCGAAAUUAUCAAGUGCCAGAGAUGACUUUAAAUCAAAAGAGCUCGAAGCUGUGCUAUCAAUCCAUCACUACCCAGCAUUUAUCUGUUGAUCAAAGGAUUGUCAUUUCCUGAAAGGAGAGCUUCCGACUAGGGGGUUCUCAUUUCUGAGGCAUUUCCUCCGCCAAGCAAUGGCCGUCGACGGUGAGAAGACGGGUGGUGACAAGAAGUCGUGGGCACUCUGCAAGAUGGCAUUUUGGCUACCGACGAAUGCUUCUGCUUCUUCCUCCGCUUCUGCUCCCACUUCGUCGUUUAUGUCGAGCAACCUUUGUUCGGGGGGUCAUUCUGCAAACUCGGUUGCAGCCAUGGCGAAGUCUCUGCUUCCGACCACGAGAAGGCUCCGCCUUGAUCCUCCUAACAAGCUCUACUUCCCAUAUGAGCCCGGUAAGCAGGUGAGGAGCGCCAUAGAGAUAAAAAACGUGUCCAAGUCUCAUGUGGCCUUCAAGUUCCAAACGACUGCACCGAAAAGUUGCUAUAUGAGACCCCCAGGUGAAGUCCUUGCUCCUGGAGAAAGCCUCAUCGCAACAGUGUUCAAGUUUGUGGAGCCCCCUGAGAACGAUGAGAAGCCUGAACAUCAGAAGAGCAGGGUUAAGUUCAAAAUUGUGAGCUUGAAAGUGAAUGGUCAGAUGGAAUAUAUACCUGAAAUGUUUGAUGAACAAAAGGAUCAGGUUUCGGUGGAGCAAAUUCUGCGGGUCGUUUUCCUCGACCCUGAACAGCCAAGUGAGUUUAUGGAGAAACUGAGUCGGCAAUUGGCUGAGGCGGAUGCCGCGCUUGAGUCCCGGAAGAAGCUCCCAGAAGCAACGGGCCCCAGAGUGGCUGCAGAAGGACUCGUGAUAGAUGAAUGGAAAGAGCGGAGGGAAAGAUACCUAGCGCAACAGCAAGUCGAAGGCAUCGGAUCAGUUCUCUAAACAGCUAUUCCUCAGCUCCUACAAAGUUAUAUACUGUCUUAUUUAUCCACCAACAGAAUUGUCACGGUAAUGUUCGCUGUAAUUAACACGAGUGAACUGAUACCAUGAGCGCGUCGUGUUACUUGGACGUAUCAGAUUUGAUCAGACAAAAUUUAUAGUUUUGGCGGUAACAGUUCUGAAGCAAUAAGAUGAAUUAUUCACACGAGCGUAGUUGGAAA